AUUAACGAUGAGCUAGAUUCACUUGGUGUGCAUUUCAUUUGAGAUUUCAUGGAGAGAAGAAAAUGGUUAUUUGAGAUUUCACUUGGUAUGCAUUUCAUUGCGCUUAUGAACAGUAUAAAAACUACUUGCGUUGAUACUCUCCUUUUAGAGGGAAGAUUUUUAUUUUUUACAAUGGGGAUCGGAAUUGGUUGUAAUCCCCGGCUCGGAUUGUAGGCAAUUGAGGGAGAAUUCCGAGCAAGACUAGCAAGUGCUCAAGCAACCCGAGACCCGUUGCCCCAUCGGACCCCUCUCUCUCUCUCAAUUUGACCCGGUACUUCGACUCUUAUCAGUUAUCACCCAUCAUUGAUUGUAUGUCAACAUCCAAGAAGAAUGUACCAUUAGCAUUUAUAAGGUUGUAUAUACCAUGCAUCAUGACUGCUUCAACUGAUGCAAAGAAGACUUGCUUGAUGAGUCUCGAUCUGGGAAGGACAGUUUUGGGGUUUUCCAAUCUACCAGACUUAGGAAAUUUCCUAAGCUUUCAAAUUGACUUGGGAAAUUUCAUUGAAGUUUCACUUGACCGAAGCAAUUAUUGAGAAAGAGUAGCAAUCGGGGCAUUUCAUCUUAGAACAAGUGGGAGAGAGAGAGAGAGAGAAAGAGAGAGACAGAAACACACUAACCCGACCGGAUUUAGUCCGAGUUUGAGCUCUAAAGCCAACCUUCACCUCCUCAAUACUCGCCGGAAACAUCGAAUUCCGGUAAAUAUCCGUCGGAAUCCAGAAAAUCCGACCCGACCCGACCCAGAUAAGACGCACGAUUUUUCUCUGAUUGGUCGCGUUGGAAUACGUUUUCUGACGUUUUCUUCAUUCUACGGAGUUAAUCUGAGUUAAUUUCAGAGGAGAAGAUAAUUAGGAAAAAUGCCCUCUAAGAGGCACAUUUUCAGCCUUUCCGGACCUGUACAUCUCACAGCUGUUGACUGGACAAAUCCACAUCAUCGAAGAUCCAUCCUUGCCAGCUUGGUUCAGGGAGUCUACCGUCAAGAACGCGAUCGCCUGGAUAAUCGAGAUCUUGCUCCACCCUGGUGGGAAUCCUUCCACUUCCGAUUGUAUCGUGUCCUCACAGAUGUUGACGGCUCCAUAAUCGGCGCCAUUUAUGAGUUUCCAGCUUCGUCUGCCCCAAACCUACCAAUUUACGUCAUUGCCUUCCGGGGCAUAAUCAAGAAACCAAGCACGAUAUUGCGGGACUUGAAGUCAGGCUUCCAGUGCAUCCUUAACGAUCUUCACCGGAGCUCCCGCUUUCAACGCGCAAUGCCAGCUGUUCAGGAGAUAGUUGCUUCUGCCGGAGCUGCAAAUGUAUUGUUGGCUGGACAUUCAAUGGGGUCAGCAAUUGCAUUGCUUGUGGGAAAGAAGAUGGUGAAGAUGGGUUAUAUUCUUGAAACAUUUCUUUUCAAUCCACCAUUCGUAGGUCUCCCCAUUGACCUGAUCAAGAAUGAGAAACUGAAGCAAGAGAUCCGCUAUGCAACCACCGUCUUCAAGUCCGGCCUCGCCGCCAUUGCUGUAGAACAUUCUGAUCAUGAGCCUUUUGCUGCGUUAUCCUGCUGGUUUCCUCAGCUGUUUGUGAACAAAGAUGAUCCUUUUUGCGCAGAGUACAUUGGUUACUUUCGAAACAGGGAGGAUAUGAAGCAGAGUGGAGCUAAAAAGAUUGAGAGGGUUGCAGGAAAUAGUUCCAUUACGAGUCUAAUCUCAGAGGACGUACACGGACAAGUAAAAGGAGAAGUGAACCGGUGGGAAUCAGAGGAAGAGGAGAAAGGUGAAGGUGUUACUGCAUCUGCUUUAAUAUCUUGGCGGAGGAAUUGGGUACACUUUGUAGGUGAUGCUCUUGGGAUUUCACUCAAACUUCUCUCUCCAUUUGAGUGCACCGCCGCCCACCAUCCGCUACUGGGACUUUUCUCGCGUCCUCACUGCGAUGAGUUUCCAACGCCCCUUCCGUUUUCGGUUUUCGGUGAGCACGCAAUCGAUUCUUCUUUCCGGCUGCCGUCAUUCUCUUGAUGUGCUUUUUAUGUUGUUUAUUUCCCUAUAAUUUUGUCUGGCUUUCAUUUUUUUGUUCUUUUUGUUUUGUUUUGUUUUCCUGUAAUCGUUUUUGUUUUUGCUUGUAAUAAUGCUCAGUCCUCUCUCUUGAACUGCCCGCCUGAUGUCCUUUGGGUUUGUUGCUUUGGUCUAGACCUUUGGGUUGUGGAUGUGAACGUUAUCCUGGCUUUCGAGUUGAGGAGGAUAAACUUUGGCUUGGGGUUCUCUAUCCUCAGUGCCGAGGAAUAAGAGCUACCUAUGCAUUGAUUUGAGUCUGUUUGGCGCAGAUCUACUGUUUAAUUUGAAAAUUAGUCAUAGGUUAGCGAAUUUUAUUUGAGUAUAGAAUGUAAUACGUCAUCUUUGACGCUUGUAACCUCGUAGCUUCGACUAUGGUUGCUUCAGAGCUUUUGCUCUGUGUUA